AUGGCCAUAUGGAGAAAGGAAAUUGUAGAAGAAGCAAAGAAGCAACUAUGGCUAGCAGGGCCUAUGAUAUUUGUGUGUGUGUUUCAGUACAGUUUACAAAUGGUAUCUCUCAUAUUUGUUGGGCAUUUGGACGAGUUGCUUCUGGCUGGUGCUGCUAUGGCUAUUUCAUUUGUCAAUGUCACUGGUUUCAAUGUAGUGAUGGGAAUGUCAAGUGCAUUGGACACAUUUUGUGGUCAAGCAUAUGGAGCAAAGCAGUAUCAUAUGGUUGGCAUACACACACAGAGAGCAAUGUUGGUUACAACCCUUGUUACUAUACCCAUUUGCAUUAUUUGGGCAAAUUUAAGGCCCAUUCUCAUUGUUCUGCAUCAAGACAAAACUAUUGCAGCACAAGCUGAACUAUUUGCCCGUUACAUGAUUCCAAGCCUUUCUGCCAAUGGUCUUCUUCGGUGCAUUGUUAAAUUUUUACAAACUCAGAACAUUGUGUUUCCUAUGGUGCUAGCUUCUGGAUUAACUAGCUUAGCACAUGUCCUUGUUUGUUGGGUUUUGGUUCUAAAAUUUGGACUUGGCCUCAAAGGAGCUGCUAUUGCAAUUGGAAUUUCAAAUUGGCUUAACAUGGUACUACUAGCACUUUAUAUCUUGUUCUCCUCUUCAUGCAAAAACACUUGGACUGGUUUCUCAAGGGAAUCCUUGCAUAACAUCCCUCAAUUUCUCAGACUUGCUUUUCCUUCAACAGUUAUGGUCUGCUUAGAAACAUGGACGUUUGAACUGAUGGUGCUCUUGUCUGGUGCUCUUCCUAAUCCGAAAUUGCAAACUUCAGUGCUUUCUAUAUGCCUUAAUACAACUGGUAUGUUUUGGAUGAUACCAUUUGGAGUUAGUGCUGCUGGAAGUACAAGGAUCUCAAAUGAACUAGGGGCUGGUUGUCCAGAAGCUGCAUAUUUAGCUGUUAAAGUCACCUUAUUCAUGGCCUUCAUAGUGGGACUUUUAGAAUUUACUUUCCUUAUGCUGGUAAGGAACGUUUGGGGCCGUGCAUUUACCAAUAUACAUGAAGUGGUCAGAUAUGUGACAAUCAUGAUGCCAAUUCUUGCAAGUUCAGCCUUUGUAGAUUCAAUUCAAACAGCAUUCCAAGGUGUUGCAAGAGGAUGUGGUUGGCAGAAGCUUGGUGCAUUUGUCAAUCUAGGAUCUUAUUAUCUUGUGGGUGUUCCUUUAGCAGUUGUGUUUGCUUUUGUCCUCCAUAUGGAUGGACGGGGAUUAUUUUUGGGGAUUUUAUUAGCACUUACAGUGCAAGUGGUGUGUUUUCUUGUAGUCACAUUACGCACCAAUUGGGAGAAAGAAGCAAAAAAGGCAGCAAUAAGAGUACGAGACAGUGGAGUCCGAGUUGAUACACUUUCGGGUGACCAGAAUGUUACUCUUUGA